AUGGACGCGACGCGCGCCAUCCUGCAGCAGUGCGAGCGGUCCAAGACGGUGAGGCGUGUCAUCCACACGGGCUCCGUUGUCACGGCCUCGCCGCUCCGGGAGGACGGCGACGGGUACAAAGAGUUCGUGAGCGAAUCCUGCUGGACCUCACUCGGCCUGCCCUACGACCACAGCAACGAACACCUGGACGCUUAUGUAUCCUCGAAGACCAUCUCUGAGAAGGAAUUACUCAAGUACAACGAUGACUUCUUCGAGGGCAGAGUGCUCGACGUUGUUGUCUUGGCCCUCCUCGGCUUCGUACCACUGGUGCACGUCGACGACGUCUGCGAGGCACACGUCUUCUGCAUGGAGAAAUCGUCUGAUGUUGUUGGUGGCCGAUACCUUUGCACCACCGCGCACACCAACAUGCAUGACAUCUUGGAGCACUACGUCCGCAGGCACCCCGAACUCGAGCGGAUCAAAGAAGUGGUGGGAGAGGGAGUGAGAGUGCAGGCUAACACAAACAAGCUUGUGGAGCUGGGGUUCAAGUAUAAGUAUGGAGCAGAGGAGGUGCUUGAUGGAAGCGUGGAUUGCGGGAAGAGGUUGGGAUUGUUGUAA